CGCCAAUCAAGCAUGCGCAAGCACCCGGAUGAACACUCCAUUUUUUUUUAGUGAAUCGCCUACUUCCGACUUUGUGUAGCAACUUGAUCAAAUCACAAAUUCAUUCACAAUUAUGACGGACCAGCAACUAGACUGUGCACUGGAUUUGAUGAGGCGUCUUCCACCUCAACAGAUAGAAAAGAACCUUAGUGACCUUAUUGACCUUGUGCCGGACCUUUGUGAGGAACUGCUUUCAUCUGUGGACCAGCCGUUGAAGAUUGCUCGCUGUAAGACAACAGGCAAAGACUACCUGCUUUGUGACUAUAACAGGGAUGGAGACUCAUAUAGAUCUCCUUGGAGCAACAGUUAUGACCCUCCCCUGGACGAUGGGACAGUUCCCUCAGAGAAACUCCGCAAGCUAGAAGUUGACGCCAACUCUGCCUUUGACCAAUACAGAGAAAUGUACUUUGAGGGUGGGGUGUCGUCAGUGUACCUCUGGGAUCUGGACCAUGGUUUUGCCGGUGUUAUUCUUAUCAAGAAGGCUGGGGACGGCUCCAAGAAAAUCAAGGGGUGCUGGGACUCCAUUCACGUCAUUGAAGUCCAGGACAAGUCGAGUGGUCGGAGUGCGCACUACAAGCUGACUUCUACAGUGAUGCUAUGGUUACAGACGACCAAGGAGGGGUCAGGCACAAUGAACCUAGGGGGCAGUCUGACACGCCAGGUGGAGCAAGACUCCACAGUCAGUGAGGCAACAUCACACCUUGUCAACAUUGGCAAACUUGUAGAGGAUAUGGAGAACAAGAUUCGCAGCACGUUGUAUGAGAUCUACUUUGGGAAGACAAGGGACAUUGUGAACGGUGUCAGGUCAACCCAACCCCUCCAGGACGAAAAACAGAAGGCCAACUUUCAAAAUGAUUUAUUGAAUGCCCUUAAAACCAGACAAACAACAUCUUAAUGGUGGGAGAUGAUUUAGUCCGUGUCCAAUUCCGUUGUACAUUUGCAAUAUAUGUUAAGAGAUUUGAAUGGAACAUUAACUACCCACUGUUGGCAGCUUCAAGGAACAUUGACAAAAUUACUACCUACUGUUGACAGCUUUAAGGAACAUUAAACAUUAACUUCCCAUUGUCGGCAGCUUCAAGGAAUGUAAAACAUAAACUAAACACUGUCGGUAGCGUCAAGGAAAAUUUACUACACACCGCUGGCAGCUUCAAGGAUCACAUACUACACACUGCCGGCAGCUUCAAUGAACAUUUACUACACACUGCCGGCACCUUGAAGGAAUUGCCAAUCGGAUACAUAGCUAACAUGUUUCUCCUUAGAAAUACAAAAGUACAUUUUCUGGAAGAAGGAUGAUUAAUUAUAAAUAAUGUACUUAUCAGUUAUUCUUGUUAUUUCCCUUGAUUUCUAUGCUUUGAAAUGAGGUAUAUUUAAUAUAAUAUUAAAACCCUCAAUGGUCUGGAAAAACUAGGGAGGGACACUUCUUAUGAUUAUUUUUAACCUGUAUGUUGAUGUUUGUUAAGUUAUCUCAUGAUGCAGAAAUAAUCAUUAUACUACAGUGCUGUGUAUGGUUUCUUUAUGGCAUUGCUGAAACCAAAUUAGCUUUAUUUCAUUAUGAUUGAUAAAUGGAUUCUCUGUAUGUCCUAGUUUUUGUGUCAUCAAAAAAGGUGACAUAUGGGUAUAACUUUUGGUGUCUAUUGCAGUGAGAUCAUUGACAAUCCUUGUGUAGACAAAUAACAUAAGUUUUUAAUUUCCAAUCAUGAUGUAACUUGUUGAUAAUGUUUGUGGGCAUAAUGUCAAGGUCAAAUUCAAUCAUGGUUGAUACCACCUACGCAGUUUUAGAGUUGUGCCCCUUUUACAUUAAACGAUAGUAGGAGUAAACAUGUGCAGACAUUGACUUAGGUAUGCAUUACUUUAUCAUGAUUGAACUAGCUAGUUCUGUAUGCUUAACCUUUUAAGAUUAAAUUGCUCAAGUUACACCAGAGUUAUGUCCCUUUUACAUAAAAAACAGCUAGCCUACAUACUGUCAAAUGGUAAGAUUAACAUACAAAGCUGUCUUGCUCCUUUUACAUUAUAUUUGGUGUUCCAAUUGGUUUGACUUUAUGGGCUCACACAGGCAACACAUCCAAUUUUGCGUAAUUCUAAUUGUUAGCGUUUCAAAAAACUACUCUUGGUACUAUAAUAUUUGUUUAAGAAGUUCUUUCAGUGUUAAUAUACGGUAUUGCAGUUUGAUGAUAAAUAUAUUUAUGAUUUGAUAAUUCCUAUAACUCGGGCUAAAGUUUUUGUCAAGCUAUGCCCCUGAUGGUCUGCAAACAGUCCAGCAUUGGCACUAGCCUUUGGUGCUCUUGUUUUUAAAUGUCUCUAUUCUACAAGGACCUUCUUUUGGGUCACAGAAUUACGCACUUAGGUGAAGAAAAUGUUCUGCUGCAAUGUGAAUUUGUAAAAAGUGUUUAUUGCAACCAUUUCCUUUUUACCAGCACACAAUAAUUACAAUUUCUUACUUUUCAUAGAAAAUUGACGUUUGGGGAGCAUCCAUAGCUUCCAGCAAUACUCUUGUUGUUAAGAGUACUGUGUUGUAUGAUUUUCCCAAGUUAAGGAGAACAUUCUCUUAACCAUCUCCUAGCCUUUGUCAAAUCAUGUGUAUUUUCAAUUUUCAAAUUGUGUGGUUGUCAUGAGCAGAUGUGCAAGAUGUAUUAAAUUAUAACUUUGUGUAUUCAUUCAUGUUUAUUGUAUAUGCCUUGAUUCCUCUUGGGUAAUACAUUUUAAAAUAAUGACCUAUAUAUGAAUAAAAUGUAAACUUUGA